AUGCUUCACUCAAACAAAGGAUGGUUACAAAUGAGGGAGGCUUGGGGUCACGGUGGUAGAUUUGGAGGUGGUGUAGUUCGUGGAGUCGGAGGAGGUGCUGUUGGCGGUGGAGGCAGAGGUGGUGGUGGAGGAGGAUCCGGAGGAGGUGUUGAAGGUGGCAGUGGCAUUAGAUUCCGAGGAGGUGGUGACGGUGGAGUAGGAAGAGGAUCCGGUCUUGGAGGUGGUAUCGUAGGAGGUGUAGGGGGUGGUGGUGGCCUUGGCGGUGGAGCAGGAGCAGGUGAUGGUGCUGGCGAUGGUGUCAGUGGCAGUUCUUGCAGUUUCUCAACCUGGGUUUCCUUUUCCGCGCGAAAGCUUGACACGCGACGGACAGAUCAGGCCCUCAUGUUGCCACUGAUUACGGGGCUCAAAGGCGGUGAAGAUAGUGGAGAUACUCUAUCAUUGACUCCUGUGUUCGUCACUGAUACACGAAGGUUUGUCAACGUAUUUUUCCAGACUGCCGACGCAUUCACAGUGGUUGACGACGAAGUUGACUCCGAUACCGUUGAAGUUCUGACUGCCAUGGCUGUUCCCCUUGAGCUUUCCAACUGCAAAUCUCUUGUGAAAUCGGCAAGUACGGCUUUGAAUUCUAAGGUAAUUUCACGAUACUCCACUCUUUUGGCUCCUUUAGCUGUUGAUUCGGUGCUUUCUGUUGUGGACCCUGAGAAACCUUAUUUAGUUGAUUUGAGGGAUAUUAAAAUUGUGAAGAAACUAGAAGGUAGUGUUGAUGAGACUGGAUUGGUGAAAGGUUUAAUUUUUGAUAAGAAGGUGAGUGUAGUGGUUUCAGAUUAUACCCAGAUGGAUAGGAUUUUGAAGGAGGAAAAAGAACUAUAUUUUGGGAUUAUUAAGAGGAUCAAGGCCACUAGGGCUGAGAAGUUGGGGUUUGCAGGUUUAGUGGAGGAGGUUUCACUUGCGGAUGGUGGGAGUCAUCCAAUUUGGGAACAUCGACUUCGUUACUUUGAGUCUGAGUGGCAGCAAGGAUUGGCAGCUCCUAGAGUUGAUAAUAUAACCAAAUUGAAGAAAGCUCUGCCAAGUUUGGAAAUAGAGUGGCUAUACUUUUCUUUUGACGGGGAUCCGGAUGUUUUUGGGAAGAGUGGGAAGAUGUGUUUGUAUUCUGAUGGGGAAAUCAAAUGUUUGAAGGCAUACCAAGAAAUUGCACAAAAGCCUCCACCCUGGUCACUCCCUUCUAUGAAGAGAUUAGCCUAUUUCUGCUGCCCGUGCCUAACAGCAAAAUUUAGAGCUUUUGCAAUCAGUGAGCAAGAAGAGGGAAAUUUUGUCAAAGAAAUACAUCAUUUUCAGUUUUCUUCUUUACGCCCCACUUUGGUAUUUUCUUGUUCUUCGGUGUCUGUUUAUAAUUCCGGCAAACUCCCGCCGGGAUCUGACACGUUGGUAUCAGAGCCGGGAAAUUCCUCGGCUCGAACCGCGAUGGCAGAAGGUACUAGAUCCAUGAAGCAAUUGGAAGAACAGAUCAAGAAGCAGGAAGCUCGUUUAGCUGAAGACACGGAUGGAUUUAAUGAUCAUGUCAAUGGUAAGUUUUCGGAGUUUCAUACGCAAAUUAAGGCAAAAUUGAAGACGGAGAUCGAAGGUAUGGCUUCGAAAUCUCAAUUGGAUCGAAUGGAAGCUAUGAUUACAUCUCUGGUUCAAUCUCAGAUCCAUUUCGGUCCGAUUCCACCGGUGAGAGACAAAGCGCCGAUCAGAUUUGGGGAUAUGUCGGCAGAGAGGAACUUUAACGCGUUGAUUGUGGAUGAAGAUUGUGAUGAAAAUUCUCUGUCAAUUCCUGAACUGAAUGUUGAUGAUGGCCUAGACAUUAAUGAUUUGACAUUGGAGGAACGAUCAUUGCAUGUUUUGCCUGUUACACCUGUGAAGCAAACCAUUCUAUAG